CCUCAGUAGCAGCAUUAACUCUACAGCAUAUUGGAGAUAUCCUUUCUUUCUAAAAGACCCGAGGAAGGUUGUGAGACAUAGUGAGAAGUCUCACUAAGAUCCUCAGUGUUUGUGUACAGCAUCAGAGACAGAGUGAUGCGUUUUUUAAGCAAGGACUUGCGUCUGCAGGAUGUCACGCUGAUCUAUAUCAUCCUGCUCGCUGCCCUGGUGGUUCUCCUGGUGGCCCCAUACCAUGCUUCAUCCCCAUCUUCAUCUACAUCUUCUCCAACUUCGUCUCCAGACAGCCCCUCCAGACCUUCCUUACCCUACCACAUCCCCCUGGAUCCUGCCGGGCAGCUGGAGCUCUUCUGGAAUCUCAGCUACUCCAAGCAGGAGGUGUACAUGGAGCUCCGAGCCAAGGAGCUGCGCCACGGUGUCCUGCUGGGCAUGUCGGACCGUGGGGAACCCACCAACGCUGACCUGGUGCUUCUGUGGAGCGAUGGACACAAGUCCUACUUUGGGGAUGCGUGGAGUGAUGAUGAAGGCCGGGUCACGCUGGACACUCAGCAGGAUUAUGAACUGCUGGAUGCACAGAACACUCCAGAAGGCUUUUCUCUGCUCUUCAGGAGACCCUUCAGUACCUGCGAUCCCCAUGACUACGUUAUAGAGGAAGGAACUGUCCACCUGAUCUACAGCAUACUUGACCGGCCAAUCCACGCUCUUCAUGAUCUGAACGUGUCCCGCCUUCAACCUGGCGUUCAGCGAGUCCUUCUGCUGCGUCCUGACACGCCCAGCCCCUCCCUUCCCCCGGACGUGCGCAUGCUGGAGGUUCUGGCCCCCAACGUUGUUGUUCCUGAUCAGGAGACCACCUACUGGUGCUACAUGUACCAACUGCCCCCCAACAUGCCCAAGAACCACAUCGUCAUGUACGAGGCGGUGGUGAGUUCAGGGAACGAGGCCAUGGUGCAUCAUAUGGAGGUGUUUGAAUGUUCACCUCACAUGGACUCGGUCCCUCAGUACAGCGGCUCCUGUGACUCCAAGAUGAAGCCACCAAAGCUGAACUCCUGUAGACACGUCCUGGCAGCAUGGGCCCUCGGAGCUGAGCCAUUCUACUACCCCUCAGAUGCUGGCCUUCCUAUAGGUGGAGAAAGUUCCUCCAGGUUCCUUCGUUUGGAGGUGCACUAUCACAACCCACUCCUCAUCUCCGGACGUCGUGACUCCUCUGGUGUCCGUCUGUGGUUCACUCCGUCUCUGAGACGCUUUGACGCCGGGAUCAUGGAGCUCGGUUUAGUCUACACACCUGUCAUGGCCGUCCCUCCUCACCAGCACACCUUCCAGCUUACAGGCUACUGCACCGCCGACUGCACACACACGGCGCUGCCUCCUGGAGGGAUCCAUAUUUUUGCAUCACAGCUGCACACACACCUGGCGGGUCGAGGCGUCCGCACUGUGCUGGUGAGAGGAGGCAGAGAGGUGGAGGUGGUGCAGGAGGACAAACACUUCAGUGCACACUAUCAGAUCAUUCGCAUCCUCAGAAAGAUGGUGACUGUUCUGCCAGGUGAUGUGCUUCUGACAAAAUGCACUUAUAACACAGAAGACCGAGUCAAAGCCACAGUGGGUGGAUUUGGGAUCAUGGAGGAGAUGUGUGUGAAUUACGUGCACUAUUACCCCCGUACACAGCUGGAGCUCUGUAAGAGUCACGUAGACCCCGAUUACCUGCAGAGAUACUUCAGCCUCAUCAACAGAUUUCAUGGUGGUGAGGGCUGCAGCUGCUCUCAGACCUCAGUGGAGGACCAGUUCUCCUCCGUGACCUGGGACUCCUUCAGUGCCGAGGUGCUCGACUCCCUGUACACCACUUCACCCAUCUCCAUGCACUGUAACCAGUCCACCGCCCAGCUCUUCCCUGGUCAGUGGGAGAAACAGAAGAUUCCUGAUGUAUCAGCGGAGCUCCAGCCACAUGCACAAACGUGUGACCCGAGCCGAGCGGUGGCUCCGAGUAACAGUCCUACUGAGGUUCAGCCCCAACACGGCGGAUAACACGACGCCUUCGGGUUCCAAUGCCGAAGCUCCACACCUCCAGCUAUGUUCUGUAAUUAUAGACACAAUAAUAAACACUUGACUGAAUUCAAAUGAAACAGCAACUCAUUUGGCUGCGUUCACAUCAGCAGCUUAAUCUAAUGACCAGAAGUUAUUUAUAUACAGAGCUCCUGUAAGUGGGUGUGGUCAGAGCUAAGAUAUGCAAAUGAGAAGUGAAGUGAUGUGUUUACCAGUGAUUUUGCUUCUGGUCAGAUAUUUUACUUUACUUUAGCAACAUGAGCGUACAGG